AAAAGAAUAAAAACAUAUUCUCAAAGCAUCCAAAAUGCCCAAAGCAACAGGGGAGCGAGCCUCUCUCCCCCUCCUUUAUUACCCCUCUGAAACGAAACCCUAAUUUUCAAAUUCACCAUCCCUAGAUGAAGCGUAUCGUCAGAAUCUCAGUCACCGACGCAGAAGCCACCGAUUCUUCCAGCGACGAAGAGACGGAGGAGCCCUGCGGAGAAACAACAAGAACCCAGGUUCGCCGCCGCGGGAAACGCCUCGUCAAGGAGAUCGUAAUCGACCCUUCCGAUUCCGAAGACAAACGCGGCGCCUGCAAGACGCGGUUCAAAAUCAGGAUCCCCGCGGAGUUUCUCAAGGCGACGACGGAGGGGAAGAAGAAGUUUCGCGGAGUGAGGCAGAGGCCGUGGGGGAAAUGGGCGGCUGAGAUCAGAUGCGGCCGAGCUCUCAAGGGACGGCGCGAUCGUCUCUGGCUUGGUACUUUCGACACGGCGGAAGAAGCUGCUCUUGCUUAUGAUAACGCGGCCGUUCAGCUGAUUGGACCUCACGCGCCUACCAAUUUCAGUUUCCCGGCGGAGAGUCAAGAGGUCAAGAUGGUGGCCGGAGCAUCCGCCGUUGCUCGAGUCGCGUGAAGUUGGGGGGUUGUUUGUUAUUUCGUUGGUCGUGUUAAAUUAGCAAUGAAGGUUUCUUUCUCUGUUGUAAUGGUGAUGGCUGCUUAGUUUAGUGACUUUGUAAAUGAAUCUGUCUGUGCUGAAUCUCCUCAUGUUGCUUCUGGUCUCAUGCCCCUGCCUCGUUUGUUGUCGUCUCUCUGUGUAUGUAUUUGUGACAUCGACGACGAGAUUGAAAUCCUGAAAUAAAGAUUAGGAAAGUUGGGGUUUUUUUUUGAA